CAACAAGAGAGAAGCAGUAAUUCUGUCCUCAGCCUAGUGCACCUGUGCUCGCGGUUAAACGCAGUCCACUCAGCGCAGUCAUCAGAAUGUCGUUUCCAUUGACCUCCUCCCCGUUCCACUACAUGCUCCGUGCAUCCGGUCAGAGUGAGGUAUGGAGCGACGAGCGGCCGGAGGACAAGUUCCAUCAGUACGGCUGGCGCUGUGGAACCAAUGAGGAUGGAUAUGGCAGCGGUACUCUGAUCGGUAACUGGGUCGAACAAUGGAAUGACAUAACUCACUACCGGAAAGCUAGACCAUUACCCUCAAAGUUCUCUCAUUACUUUGACACCACAUACUCCUCAUCCUUUAAUCAAGAAAAGAAGAGACCCCUGAACACUAUGACUAGGGGGUCCAGGAGUUUCCCAGGGCACCAGCCAGAGUUAGACCCCCCGCACACCAAGACCCCCCCAAACUCCUGCUACCGCAGGGAUUACCCUGCACACACACACAACCUCCACACACACCCCAUCAGGGAGUAUUAAACUGCAGGAUUUCAGGGGUUAGAGUGUUCUCUAGUUGUUAUCUAUCUGACCUCAGAUCUCAAUCUGGGUUAGGGUUAUAUUUAGGGUACUAGGUUGCUAAAUUGAGAUCCAGGGGUUAGGGUCACCCAAGCACCUUAACCCGUACCUGACCUUUGAUCUCAAUUUGGCACCCCAGCAACCUAACCCCUAUCUGACCUCAGAUCUCAAUCUGGCACCCCAGCACCCUAACUCCUGUUUGAUUUUGAAACCCUCUACAACUUGCCUGAAUCCUCAAUCUCAAGUCCAAGCCUUAUUCCCAUUUUACUUGUAACCACUAUCUGACACGUAGAACCCUUACCACUAUCUGACACUUAGAACCCUAACCACUAUCUGACACGUAGAACCCUAACCACCAGAGAUGGGGACAAGUCACACAUGGUCAAGUCCAAGCAAGUCUCAAGUCUAAACCAUCAAGUCUAGAGUCAAGUCUCAAGUCACAG